AUGACGAUCGCCGAGCUCCUAGUCCCGCCUUCGAUGUCGCUCCCCCUGACGCGUCUCUUCACAUCGAGUUGUCCAAAGACGAGCCCACCCAGUAUUCGACCUUACCCUACGCGACUCUUCAGACCAGAGACGCGUUUCUCGCCACCGAUGCUCUGAUCAACGCACGCAAGAAUGGAUAUCGACCUUUGGCCGUCGCGUCGACAAGCAGUACGGAGCGCUAGCACGACGCUAUCGUCAUUUCGGAUCGCUUGACGGAGUUGUAACCACUGCCACGCCUUUGGAGAUCAGAUCCCUGAUCUGCUUUGGCCGAGGGCGUGGCAUGCAGCUGCGAUCAAACUGCUUACGGAGAAGAACCGCUGUCCAUAGGAGCUUCGCCUCAUCGAGCAAGCAUGCUAUUCCACUUACCUCAUUGA